GUGUCAAUGAGAAUGCAGAUAGUCCUAUUCGUUGGGUUUAUGGCGGACAAAUAAUAUUUUAUUGCUGUACUAGAAAACCUUUGUACCCCUCUCAUCCAUCCUGAAGUACAGGAGUAGAAGAAAUUUUAAAUCGACCGAUUCACCCCUGGUCCACUCUUUGAAUCUUGUCGUGAGGCCUUGAGAGUGAGAUGGUCUUUUUAGAACACCUGUUCAUUCCUCCGAAAGGGGGACAUUCCUGGUCGCAUCCAAGCACAAUAGUCGCCACAUUCUCGCUAUGUUGGGCCAGUUUUCUGGUGAUGCAGUGGACGGGCUUGACGUUGCCUAAGCAAAAACUCAAACGGAAGGACCAGGUGGAGUGGCAUAGCCGUGUCAUUUCCUCUGUCCACGCCUUAGUCUUGUGUCUAGGGUCGCUCAUGUGCUAUCUGGAGCUCCAGGACAAGAGCAGAGAAGCAUUAGUAUCUGGCUAUGCUGUCUGGCCAGACGUCUUUGCCCGGAUAUUCCUAGGGUACCUCUUCUAUGACACCACAAAUAUGCUGGUGUACUACAAGUACCUUGGUGACAAGUCUGCCAUCAUCCAUCACAUAAUCUUCGCCUGCGCUGCGGCGUACGUGCUGGGUCACAGCAUCAUGGCGUUCCCGUUUGUGUGGCUGUCUCUUUGUGAGAUCUCCACUCCCUCGCUCAACCUCAGAUGGCAUCUGGCGGUGACAGACCAGAAGAAUGGGAGCUUGUACGUUGCAAACGGCGUUCUGCUCACAGUCUUAUUCUUUGCCUCGCGCGUGGUCAGCUACGGGGCAGGCAUGUGGCACCUGUGGGGCCUCAGGGAUGUCUGGGCUGCUCCAGGGCAGGACCCUCUCAACACAGCGCUUGUGGGCCUCUUCUUCCUAGGGUAUGUGUUGAACCUGUACUGGAUGCAAGCAAUCCUGAAUGGAGUCCUGCGGGCGCUGUCACGCUCCAAGCCUGCCAAAACAGCCUGAGCAGACAUCCCACUCAAUGGCGGAUCCCACUCACGGAAGUCUCCCUGCGGGGGAAAAGCCAUGCAUUGUACAAAAGGAGUGAGCAGGCUAUCAAACACAAGAAGAGCAGAGAAGAGCAGCAAGUGUCCGGAUUUUGGGAGCAGUCCUUAGGGGAGUGCAGGAUUAAGAGAGCACAGAAAAGAACGUGACAACACCAGUGCAAAAUUUCCACUGUACAAGUGUACCAUCAUGAUCAUGACCGUGUGAUGCCUGGACCUAACUCGAGACUGGUUGCCACCCACUUCAUCGCCAGCAGGCGCCAGCGGCUGGCGGCUAGCUGGCUAGGAUUUGAACAUUAACGUUGAAUGACCUCCCGUACCGGCUAGAUCUAUCUACAUUCUCACAGUACUGCCAAAGGGCUCAGGAUGUAUCCGUGACUCACUCGGAGCUUGAUCUAAAUAUUAAUCGAGUUGGGGCUUGUACGGUAUUAUUAUUAUUAUUAUUAUUACACGUUUUCCAGUCCUCAAGGACUAGGUACGUCAAGCAACACCUGAAUUAUUGCUCUCCAG